AACAUAUACCACUGUGAUGACAUGAGUGGCCCCUCUUAACAUGUACUUUUCUUAAAAACUGAUAAUUGAGUGUUGUGAUACCCAGGUCUGUGUUUUGUUGUUGUCUUCCAGGGCUUCAGUUACUUGAUAUUCUGCCAAAAUUAAGGGAGCAGGAGGAUGAAGACUUGAUUAUUCAAUGUGAAGCUUUUGAAGAGGCAAUGGCUGAAGAUGAGGAGGAGCUGCUGCGAGUGUACGGUGGCAUUGAUAUGAGUAAUCACCUGGAGGUCUUCACUACACUCUUCAACAAGGUGAGCAGCUCUCCAGCCUCUCUCCAGCUGCUCUCCAUCCUGCAGACAUUGUUGGUUCUGGGGCCAGGCCGCUCGGAUAUCUGGCUGGCUCUGGAGUCCAUCACUAACAGAGCAAUACUGUUGGCCCAGGAUUCUCAGAUGGAGUCCUGUGAGAAGAUCAUGCAGCGUCUGAUGUUCUCCAAAGGCAAGAGCUGUGAAGGUCGUGAUGAAGUGGACACACAGCUGGUCAGAGCGGACAAGGCUGUGCAGACUGAUGUGGAUCAUCAGGACAAAGAGAAGCCACUCAAAAGCACAACGUCCUCUCAGAUGCCACUGUGUGCCUCUCCUCCUCCUCCACCUCCACCUCCACCUGCUCCUCCUCUACCCCCAAGUAUGACUGGGCUCCAACUCCAAGGUGCUAACCAGUGCCCACCUCCACCUCCACCACCUCCUCCUCCACCGCUACCUGGAGGAUUCGGUGGACCUCCACCGCCUCCUCCCUUGCCUGGAAUGCCUCCGCCACCGCCACCACCACUGCCCUGCGGUCCAGGCAUGCCUCCGCCGCCACCUCCGCCACCCUUGCCAGGGAUGGGAGGCGGACCACCACCACCACCUCCCUUACCUGGCAUGCCGCCUCCGCCGCCUCCUCCUGCAGGCAUGAUAGUGGCUCAGAGCAGCCACACCCUGGGGUGUGGUGCUCCCACAAAGGCAAACCGAUACCCCACUUUGAGGAUGAAAAAGCUCAACUGGCAGAAACUCCGUGCUGUAACUGAUGGUCACUCCAUGUGGGCGUCGGUUCAGAAAGAGCCUCCUACUCUGGAGCCGGACUACAGCAGUAUUGAGCAGCUGUUCUGUCUCCCAGUGACCGAGCACAAAGACAAGGGGGCAGCUGCUCCUGUCAAGAAGGAGCCUAAAGAGAUUUCAUUCAUUGAUCCAAAGAAAAACUUGAAUUUGAACAUAUUUCUAAAGCAGUUCAAAUGCACAAAUGAGGACUUUGUAGCCAUGAUUCAGAAUGGGGAUCGAACUAGGUUUGAUGUAGAGGUGUUAAAACAGCUUCUAAAGCUCCUACCAGAGAAGCAUGAGAUUGAAAAUUUGAAAUCCUUCCAAGGAGAAAAAGAGAAGUUGGCGAAUGUGGAUCGCUUCUACACCUCUCUCAUCGCUGUGCCAUGCUAUCAGUUAAGGAUUGAGUGCAUGUUGUUGUGUGAGGAGACUGCAUCAGUGUUGGAAAUGCUCAAACCCAAAGUCAAGCUGGUAGAGGAGGCCUGCCAGUCUCUCAGGGUGAGCACACUCAUGCCCAGUUUCUGCAGGCUCAUACUUGACGUGGGAAAUUUUCUCAACUAUGGAAGUCACACAGGGAACGCCGAGGGGUUCAAGAUCAGCUCUCUGCUCAAGCUUACAGAGACCAAAGCCAACAAGACCCGCAUUACACUGCUUCAUCACAUCCUGGAGGAAGCAGAGGCAAACCACCCGGAGUUGUUGGCACUGCCAGAUGAUAUAGAGAUCUGUGAAAAAGCAGCAGGAGUGAAUCUGGACUCUGUUCAGUCAGAAGCCAGUGCCUUACUAAAACGGCUGAAUGAGACGGCCAAGAAGGUCUCCAACUCUGUGGAAGAGGUGAAGGAGCAAUAUGCAAAAGUGCUCGAGGAAAGUCUGGAGGCAUGUCGAGCUUUAAAUGAAAGGUUCACUGACAUUGACAAGCAGAGGAGUGAACUGGCUGUCUACCUAUGUGAAGAUGCUAAUAAGCUUUCGCUUGAGGAACUCUUCGGAACCAUCAAGACUUUCCGAGGAUUUUUCAUCAAGGCACUGAAGGAAAACAAAACCAGAAAAGAGCAGGCAGCCAAGGCUGAAAAGAGAAAGAAGCAGCUGGCAGAGGAAGAGUCCAAGAGACAGAAGGGAGAGAAUGGAAAAAUAAUCAAGAAAGGCUUUGUGCCACAGAGCGACGGCUGCAUCAUCGACCAUCUCCUGGCGGAUAUCAGGAAAGGUUUCAGCCUAAGAAAGACCAGGCCAAGGUGCGAUUCGGAAAGCCUCCCUUCAGGUGAAAUGCGUAGGGAUACCUGCCCACCUGGAUCAAGUGUGAAGCCUGCAGGCGAAGAAGCCGCAGAAAUAGCCACCAUUUCCGCUCCCACCAAAUCUCAGACAGGGGGUCACCAAGUCAGCACAGGCGAGGUGAACGGCCUCAUCAGCCCAACAGAAGAGACUCCGUCAGCACCUCAGAGUGCGGCGCAAGGACAAGCUGUUCCCGCAAACACACCCCCAGGAGAACCAGCCACAACAACUGUGGCACCCCUGGAAAGACCUGCAUCACUGCAGGAGGAGCAACACCCAAAGAAACCUGCAGUAUCGUCCCCAGAUAUGACGCAUUCUAACCCUCAGGCAGAAGGGGAACAUCAACCAUGUCUCCCCACAAAUGGUUUUUCAGUAGAUUCAACUGAGACCAGCAUCCUGAGCCCAUCCUCCCUCUCAGAUUCUGACCUGCUCGAGGCCGUGUUGAAUGGCACUUCCAGCCUAGUACCUGAGAAGUUGAUUCCUGAGGAGCCAGUAGACGUUAGUGUGAAUGUUGAGCUCAAGGAAAGCCCUGUUCCUGAUAUAGACAUUAAUGUUACAGAGAGUAGUGAAAGCAAUAUAAUGGGAGGUGGGAAAGGUGAAACUACUAAUAAAAUAAGCCAUUCAAAAGAGACUGUAGGUCUAGACGUGCGAGAAUGCGUUAUUGCAAAAACGUCCGACCAAGAUGAGGUUGUGAGUUGCAAACAGUCGGACCCUAAAAGCAAUGAGAAAACACUCAGUGAGGGCAUCCAGGCAUGUGACGUCCCAGAUGGACUGGAGUCAGAAGAUCUGCCAUCAGUGUCUGAAGCAGAUCCUCCAUCCCUUAAACCCGAACCAAAGAAACAGCAGAGCCUCUUUAAACGAAGCAAAAGGAAGAGUAACCAAGGUAACAGUGGAAAAGGACACACUAAACAUAAAAAAGGCUGUGUGUUGCAGUGAGGUGACUCCAGAAAAAGGAAAUCAAGAGGAAAAAGAAAAUGUUAAUUUCACGGGAGUUGUGAACUGGAAGGACUACAGUAUAUUUUGUGAGACCACAUGAACAUUGACUCCUUCAGGAAGACGCAGAAGUCUUCCUUUUGCAAUGAUUUGUUUUUCUAGAAGAAGAGUAAACGCAUCUAAGGCUGGCUGGGAUCUUCACAGCAUGGAUGUAAACAUGUCACUUUAUGUAAAUGAAUUGUAGUUUGUGUAAGGUCUAUAUGAGUGGUUUUGAUUCUGAACUAUUCAAAAAAAAAAAAAAGUUGAAUAGACCUUUGCUUUGUAUAAUUGUUGUAAUAUGCAGUGAAUGUGUUUUGCUAUUUAUCUUGCAGCACCUAUAGAAAGAAGAGAUGCAGUGUUUGCAAAAAAAUAAUUUAAUUUCACUUAUCAAAACAAAACUGCUUGGAUCUUAUGUCUUAAUUUCUUUAUGUAAUAUUCAAAUGAUCUCUAACGGGAAAUAUAAUGACAAUGUAUACUGGAUUGUAUCUUUUAAUGUUAAAUAUAUUUUAAUAAACGUAAAUUUACA